AGCUUUUAUAGAUGUGGCGAGGAAGAUGCUUUUGAGAGACAUCGCAGUAGAAUUCCAAUCUGUAUAGACCAAAGAAAUCUAACGGACGCCAGGAAGCAUAUGAUCAACUUUCUUGGUAUUUCGCAAAUGGCUACGUCGCUGGGUAUGGGAAAUUUCGAGCUGAAACUGUACCGGCUGGCCAGGAGUGCUCACGGGAAAACGAAGAAUUUACGUAUCCUUACGCAACAACAGUGGGAGAUGGAAGUGUGCCACUCCUUGUUUCUGACGAAACCCAAAGUGAACUCAAUAGUAAGUAGACAACUGAUCUGUCGAAUUCAUAAAGUGCAGGAAAAAGUUUUGAACUAAUGAUAAAUAUAACCACAACAUAUGUAUUAGAAAAUUGGGGGUUACAAAUUAUCCUUAUUCGAUCUUAGAAAAGGAUAAUUACUUUGAAGGUUAUAAGUAUGAAAUACUAAAGUAAAAUUUCCUCUUUUUCAUCUUUUUUAAGUACAUGUGGUACAGAAAAUAAUUAAUUGGUCAGACAAGAAAAUGGUGCUUGUACCGGGUGUGAAGCAAACUCCUGAAGAACCUCUUGGUACUUCAACAAGUUCUUCAGAAGAUAAAGAUCCAGAAAUUGCCAUCAUAGACAAUGAACCUGGAGCAUCAGAUUCUGCGAGAAAUAGAAGUAGGAAAAGAAGACAAGAAUGUCUGGAAGAUAAAGAACUAGUUCAAAAUAUUUUACGAGACAAUAAAGUUGUGAGAAAUGUGCGUCAGAGGCAUGAAUUAGAUGAGCUUCAAGCAGGUAAAUUUUAAUGAAAUAGGUGGUUUUUGAAUUUCUACUUUUACUUGUACUUUUACCUUUACUUAUGUGUUUACUUUUAUCUCGCUUAGACUUAGGGAAGCUUGCUGGAAGCUCAGCUCUUAAUGAGGUGAAAUUUACUUGUGGAAUCUGCAAGAAACCGUAUUUUAUCAGUACUAAGUCCAGCAGAACCACCCAAGGGAAGGUCAAUUACUUCAAAAUCAGUAAGUUUAAACAAAUAUUUUUAAUUUACCAAUAUCAUUACUGCAGAUCACAUGUUUCAGUACUCAGAAUAAAAAAAAAAAUAAUAAUUCCGAGUGUAUUUAGGUGAUAGUAACUCUGGUCUUUUGUAUUCAGCUGAUCUUCUAAAAGACUAAUGAAUGUUUAUAAUUAAGUUGAACUUCCCUUAUCAUUUUUUCAAUAAUCCCCAUGGUGGAGAAAUGUAAACCUAGGAAUACACUGUUCACCUUUGCUAAAAAUUUGUCCUUUGUAGCACAUUUCAAUAAGUGCCAAAGAAAUUACGAGAAAGCACAGCGUUUAGUGAAAAACAACCACACCCUGGACAGCCUUUGGAAAAAAGGAAAUUGUGAACGACUUUCUUCAGCAUCAAGCAGCAAUUCCAUGUCACAAGAUGAGCAGGAGGACUUUACUGGUGCUGAUGCCAUAGAAACAGGCUCUGACAAGUAAAACCUUACUGAAGAAUAUAUUGUUGUAUAAAAGAACUUUUUUUUGGAUGAAAAUCUAGAUUAUUAUAGAACUCAUGCAUAGACAUGUCAUUACCAUGUACCAAUAGAUAAUAUUUGUUGUACACACAAAGAUUGUUUAGCUUUUUCCUUAGAUCUCAAAACCAAUGUCUUUGACCAGCAUUUGUAGUACUGCUGAUAGAGUCUUAAUGCAUAGUUUUUGUUGAUAUUUUGAACUUAAUGAAAUAAAGCAGUUUAUGUUUUUCAAAUUGAUGUUUGCACGUGUGUUUCAUGUGUAAGAAGAAAAUCAUAUUUUGCCAAAAUAUAAUUGCAUGGCAGUUAGCAAAUAGUGGAACUACUAAAAACAAUUGUCAUUUGUAUCAUGAUACCAAAAAUCCAUUACAAAGCUUAAUAUCUGGAGCAUUCUCCAUUGCUUGUAGUGUCCCAAUGUUAUAUAUGUUCUUCUUUGUUCCCCUUUUGAAAUUCCUGAUACUGGCUGAUACUGUGAACACAAUGAACAAUGACCAGAAAUGAAUCUAUAUGUUGCGAAAACUAUAAUACAUGUAUGUGAUAAUUUCCUUAUACAGUGAUAGUGUUUACCUAAACGAAGAUUUGGAAGAAUCCGCAGACUUGUCUCAAAGCCAUGAUGAGACUGUCAGUUCAUGUAUUGAAUCAUGGGAUGAAGAAACACAUUGUGCUUUUGAUGAAGCUGGCUAUGUUGACCAGAAAGAUUCAACACAGGAUCCGGAGGGUCAUGUGAUAAGCGAUGCGAACGUGGAUGAUGACUUGACAUGUUUUAACUUGUGAGUGUUUAUGUAACUAGAAAGAUGGAGGACAGAUGGUCCAUUUGUGUUUGAUCUUGUAGUUUCUAUUGGCUCCAACUCUAAGCUUGCGAGUUUUGUUGAGGUUGCUUACGUAAUGGGGAAAUGUUGUUGCACUAUAAUUUAUGAGAAUUGACAAAUUGUUAGCAUUGGUCUGUGUGUGGUCUUUGCGCAUUUAGACGUUUGUGUACGUUUAUUCUUCUAGGUGUGUGGAGAAUGCCCAUCCAGUUGCUAUUAAACUCAACCAACUUCUUGAGAAAGGAAAGAUCCCGGAAGACUGUCUCUACUACAAAUUUAUUGACAACACUACAUCUUUCGCUCUAGUUGAUCCUAAGUCUGCUUCAGAUUUCACAUGGGACCGAGAUGUGUGCGAGUUUUUUGACACUAUCAAGUAUCUCGGAGGU